UUGUGCAGAGCCCGCAUUGCUUCACAAUCCUUCGCCUCGACAGCGGCAAAGAAAACGUUUGUGGAAGAUGAGUGCGUCAUACAGCGCUUCUUGGCGACGAGGCAAUCCACGCCUGCUGCUGCUGCUCCUCUGCACGAUCUGGUCAACUCCUGGGCUCCUGGUGCAAGCCAAGGUGCACUACCACAAAUGGGAUAUCUCGUAUAAGUUCAAGUCGCCGGAUUGCUUCAAGAAGCUAGCCGUCACCAUCAAUGGCCAGACGCCCGGCCCAACCAUCAACGCCCAGCAGGGCGACACCAUCGUCGUUCGAGUUAAGAACAGCUUGCUCACCGAGAACGUCGCCAUUCACUGGCAUGGCAUCCGUCAGAUCGGCACGCCUUGGUUCGAUGGGACCGAAGGAGUCACGCAGUGUCCGAUCGUCGCCGGAGACACUUUCGUCUACAGAUUUGUCGUCGACAGACCUGGUACUUACCUCUACCAUGCCCACUACGGGAUGCAAAGGUCGGCAGGGCUUUACGGCCUGAUCCGAGUGGCGGUGCCGGACGGCGUCGUCGAGCCAUUCGCCUACGACUACGAUCGGAGCAUCAUUCUCAACGAUUGGUGGCACAAUAGCACCUAUGAGCAGGCCACCGGUCUUGCUUCCAUCCCCUUUGUUUGGGUUGGCGAGCCUCAGUCUUUGCUGAUCAAUGGAAGAGGGAAAUUCAACUGCUCCCUCGCCGGACCAACCGCGGUCUGCAAUGCUACCAACCCCGAGUGCUCGCCCUACGUGCUCACCGUCGUGCCCGGAAAGACUUACCGUCUCCGAAUCGCAAGCAUCACCUCCCUCUCGGCUCUCAACUUCGAAAUCGAGGGGCACAACAUGACCGUGGUUGAAGCUGACGGUCACUAUGUCAAGCCCUUCGUCAUCAAGAACCUCAACAUCUACUCCGGCGAGACGUACUCGGUCCUCUUCACGGCCGAUCGAGACCCUUCUCGCAACUACUGGCUCGCCAUGAACGUGAUCAGUCGGAAGCCGGGAACCCCCACCGGGACGGCCGUCCUCAAUUACUACCCGAAUCACCCGAGAAAGUCCCCUCCCACCUCCCCCCCGGUCGGUCCUCCGUGGGACGACGCCGCGUACAGGUUCAACCAGAGCCACGCCAUCCGAUCCCAUCCCGAUUACGUCCACCCUCCUCCGCUCACCUCCGAUCGCAUGAUCAUCCUGCUCAACACGCAGAACAGGGUCGAUGGCUACACCCGAUGGUCCCUCAACAAUGUAUCCUUCAACAUGCCCCACACGCCGUACCUCAUCGCCCUAAAGGAGAACUUGCGCCAUGUGUUCGACCAAAGGCCGGCGCCGGAGACGUACGAUUACAGGAACUACGACAUCCACAGUGUCCCCGAGAACCACAACGCCACCAUCGGGACUUCGAUCUACCGGUUGGACUUCAACUCGACGGUCGAUGUGAUUCUGCAGAACGCCAACAUGAUUGAGGCCAACAAGAGCGAGACGCACCCGUGGCACCUGCACGGCCAUGAUUUCUGGGUGUUGGGCUACGGGUCGGGGAAGUUCGACCCGGAGGUCCAUCCCAAGGAGUACAACCUGGUGGAUCCCAUCAUGAAGAACACGGUGCCACUGCACUAUUACGGGUGGACGGCGAUCCGGUUCCGGGCCGACAACCCGGGAGCGUGGGCGUUCCACUGCCACAUCGAGUCGCAUUUCUUCAUGGGCAUGGGGAUUGUGUUCGAGGAGGGCAUCGACAGGGUCGGCGAGCUGCCCACCUCCAUCAUGGGCUGUGGCGAUUCCAAGUCCUUGAGGGGCCCUUAAGCCGUUCUCAUACGGCUCGUAAAUAUAUCGAUCAGGGCCACGCGCGCAUCUAAAAGAACACCCACAACAACUUCAGGAUCCUCUCCUCUACGUGUCCAUUCCCGCAUAUCUUCAUUUGUUUUGUACCAUAGAAUUGAUGGGUCAUUAUUGUGAUUAUUAUUAUUGUUUUUUCUCUUGAA